AUGGCCCUGAAAGGAUGGGUGUUUGUACUGUUCGUCAUUGCUACCAACAGCUGUCCGGGCACUACCACGUCCGUCAGCCCAGCCGAGCAUGGUUGUACGGAUGGCUUUCGUCUUGCGGACAAUCAUGAGCAAACUACGUUCAUCUUCAAAGGUAUCCUGCCUGGUUUUGUGGGCCACCAUUGGAGUCAACAAAGCCGGGCUUCCAUGGGGAGUCUUCUACUAUCCAUGGAACAACAGAGGACUUCUCUCUCGGCUAUCGCUGUGCUGAUUGACAACAUGGAAGCAAAAGAUUGCGGAGAAAUCUACCGAAACUCCAAAGGCUCUAUGGAUUCUGGAAUCUACACCAUCUACCCCCGUGCGUCGGGCGGCGGAAACAACAGCGCCCCUCUCCGUGUGUUCUGCCGUGUGGAGGCCGGCCGAGCCUGGACCGUCAUCCAGCGGCGACAGGACGGGUCUGUGGACUUCUAUAACCGGACAUGGGAGGACUACAGCCGGGGCUUCGGCAACCUGACGGGAGAGUUCUGGCUCGGCAACGACAACAUCCAUCUACUCACCAACCAGGGUAGCUACAAGCUGAACGUUGACUUAAAAAGGCUGCCCUAA